GUGUCCUGUUCUUCAGACGAACUUCAGUCUCUCGUGUCACAAAAGAAGCACCAUCAGGACCCAAUUUACCCUGGGCAGCAGUUUCCAGAGAUGUCAAACAUCCAUUUCGUACACGACAAUGAGCCAGGUACGCCAUUGGACACCGAGCAAACUCGCGCCCUGCGCUCCCACGUGCGGAAAGUCAACCUCGAAAGAUUGCAGCAAAGAACUACUCAGCGCAUGGAGAAUUUUCGAUCCCUGUCGAUCGACGACUUUUCACAGCAUGGAGAGAUUAAACCAGAAAAGCGAAGAUUUCCUGUGCGGUUCGAGGUUGCAGCAACUGAGGCCUCUUCUUCGAAUGCGCUUCAGUCUGAUAAAGGCCCUCCCGUACCAAGGGCAGAACGGUUGGCGACACUUGCUGCUACAGAGGGGCCGGAGUCUUUGUCGGGCACGAUUGGCGGAGCGUCGGCAGGGCUAAGAACAGGUCUGUCCUUGGAAGUAGCAAGUGAGGAUGAGGUGCUUAGAAGUACCACGACGCGGCAUCUCUACUCAGCCCAGAUCUCCGCAAUGACCGGGAUUCACGAGAAUCUGGCCGAGAGUCUAUUGAGCAGUGGAGCGUUUCGGGUAGCUACUGAGCCGCUUCUUACUGCUGAGCAUCAGACACCCGAUUUGAUGCACCUUUCGAUCUUUCCCGACUUGUUGGAAAAUCGGGCAUUCUUGUCGGCUUUGAUUUAUUCUAUGCUCCAGUCACCGGACUAUUCUACAUCUGCCACCAAAGGUCUGCAUUUCAAGGGAAGGGCUAUUCAGUGCCUGCAGGAAGAUCUCCACAAAAAUGGCUCAACAUGCUGGACCCUUGCUAUCUGCACCAUUCUUGUUCUGUGUGGUGCUGCUCGUCAUUCUGGCGAGAUCUCCGAGUAUACUGCCCAUGCGGAAGGACUGGACCGACUUGUGCGUCUUUGUCAUUCAAGCCAGGUUCAGCUGCCAUCUGAUAUUCUUCGCGCAGUUCUCUGGCUCGAUCUUACCGGUGCCGGGAUACUGGGCGACAGGAGGAGGUUUUCUGAAGACGACUUCUCCGCCUUGCUCAAUAUCGAUACGAAUCUGCUAUCCUGCCCGCAUGACGAACUGCCAUACGGGUUUACCUUCCACGGAGACAUCAUCCAUCACGAUCUUCUUUCGUGCAUAGAGAGAAUCAAAAGCUUGCAGAGUACAAUGGCCACCAGCAGUCUUGAAGCUAUCAAGGCCGACAAUAUGCGAGCGUCGAUAACAUCCCGGCUCGUCUCUCUUCAGCAGACUUGUCAGGGAUUCGGACCAAUUUCUGAGGGCUGUCGUGUUGCAGCAUACAUUAUCUGUGAUGCCUGCAUUGACAGAUGUGGAAAGAGCUCGUUUGUCGGUUCGCGUCUGUCAGAAAGCUUGACUCGCAUACUCGCCGAGAGCAUCGGCAGCGAAGAAUGGGCUUAUCGACGAGAUCUGCUGCUUUGGCUCGUCUUGGUAGUAGGAGCGUCUGCCUCACGAGCAGGAGGAUGGUUUGGUUCAGGAGAUGAUUCUCCUUACAGAGAUCUCAUGGAGCGUCUUUUGCACAAUGCUAGCACCUGGGCUGAAAAGGAAGAGGGAAGUUUUAUCCUUCGAAGUACUGUGCAGGGGUAUAUCUACGAUCAAGAUUGGCUCGAUAAACGGCAUUUAAUCCCACAUUGGAUGGAUCUGGAGAAAUUACUUACGCAAUCCGAGAUCUUCGAUGCACGAGCAUCAGGAUCAUGAAAUAGGAUCUGUGGCUGCCACAGCAUUUCCUAGAGCAACGGCAUGCGGUUCGGCGUCCCAAAACAGAAGUCUUAUCCUACCAAAUUUGGAAGGUUACCGAGAACCACGACCAGUUAUGGAGACAGUUCAGACCCUGGCAGAGUACCUCAAUAUACGAAGGAGAAUACGUCCAGGGCCCUUGAGCAUUGCCCGCCAACACGCUACGAUGGUAUAGGUGCGAAGACACUCUCAUGCUAGGAGCUCGGGCAAAUGAGGCCCCGCGGACGCAAUCUGCGACCCGAGGGCCAAAAUGCAGACA